UGGUUUACAUGUGGCCGAGGUACGGAGCACCGGUGACAGCCCACGCCUCUUUAAGUCCGCUGAAUCUCGAUACGUUCAUAACUAUACGCAUGCCAGCAUCUUCCAAGCUCGGCUGAAAGCAACAGAGCCGAGGCUACCUUGGAGUCUGACGAACAAAAACCAAUAUCAUCGAUGUAAAAUACAUGAAGGGCAUAACUUGGUAGCUUUACUUUCUGUGUAUACUAGCGGGGAACACCAACACUGGCAUCAGACUGCAUUAUCGAUUAGUCUCGUUUGACAGUUCAUCUUGGGCAGCCAUAUGCAAUGUUUACGGAAGUGACGUACGAGUACCUGUUAAAUUGGAAUGCGCAUGUCAAGCUUCCUUACCAACGUCUUGUGGCAUGUGGAUAAGCCAGAUGAUAACUAUUGACCACUUAACCGAGGAAAGGUUUGACAGAUGAAGAUGUGAUGCCAUGAAUUUGUCCUGAAGUGUGAUAUAUAGACCUUUUCAAUGAGGGUACAUCCAUCACAUGGCAAGUAAACCAAAGAAACCAGGCAUGAAGAAGGAUGGAGGAGAAAAACGUCCUAACUCAUCCCGAGGCCAGUCCUUCCCCCGAUCUGGCAGCAUUUCCGUUUCUAAGUCUAAACAGGCAGUGGAAAUCCUGACCAGGGAGAAUGAGGACCUACAGGAACAGGUGACACAGCUAACUGCCAAGAACACAAAACUACAGGAUAGCUGGCUUUUACUCACCACAAAACUAGUGGAGGAUGCCAAAUCCAAGGGUUUCGCACUGGGAGAGGAGGAUCAGAAGAAAGAGCUGGGUGAGGUGUCUGUGGAGGCGCUAUUGGACCUCCUCAACAGUCUGGCUCACAAACAGGAUGUAAAGAAACAGAAACCUGCCAAGGGAAGUGUGGAGGCUAGGGUAGAGGAACUGGAAACCAGGACAACUCAGAUGAACAUGAACCUUGUUAAGUUAUUACAGGCUAAAAUGAACUUAGAAUCUGGUUUAGAGGAAAUACAACAGUGUGGUUCUUUGGAGGACGCUAAACACAAAGCCAGGUUUCUUCUGUUUGAAACAAAAGGAAGUGAAGUAUUCACAUUCAAUGGCUCAGAUAAUGAUGAGACAGAUGAAGAGAAUGAGAAAGAGAAAAUAAUCAUUAAAGAGAGCAAAGCAACCACACAUCCUGGAAAAUACCAGGUGUCUUCCAUUGUCAAGAAUCUCCAAACCUUCCAACUCAGUCCACCAGUGAAGAAGCUCCCUGGGGACACCUCAGUGAGUAAGAUGGACCCCGGCCUCCAGCACUACCUGGUCAGCGAGCUCAGCCUCUACAAGGCCAAUGGUGCUGACUGGAGAAUGAUGGCUGAGAGAGUAGGAAUAUCUGUAGAGACAGUUGCAGACUGGCAGCGUUUCCGACUGGAGUACCCUAUGAAACAUGUGUUUGAGACAUGGGCAAGGAGUCCAGCCGCCACCAUGAGAAUGCUGCACCGCCACCUGGUGUCACCACAAAUGAGAGCCGUAAUGCUUGCCCGACGAAUCUCCGAUUUUUAUCAAGUGGACUGAGUGUUGAUUAUAUAGGAUACCAAGUGUUGUUCAGCAGGUAGUUAUUGACAAUGAUUCCGAUGUAAUCAAGGCACUUGCAUGAUAUUUCAUUGGUAACUAUGCAUAUUCCUUUUAAUGAGGUCAACAACCACUGCGUUGAGUUGAAUGGUGCAUUUCAUAAACAGUUACUAUGCUGACACCUGAUGUAGUAUCAUAUUCUUUAGAAUAUGGUACUGGGUUACCUCCCCUUGUGAAGGACGGUCAAAAAUAUGCAUUAAAAUCAGUCAUCUCCCUUCUCCACUGGAGGUUGGCUCUCCAUAGACCUGGGCUAAUUGUCUCUAUAUUUUCCAGUGCCUUUUCUUUAAUGAUAAUGAGAUACACUGUACAUUGUUAUCCAGAUCAAAUAAAGAUAAUUAUGUUUGUUGUAAAAGUCAUACAUGUGCUGAAAUCUUAUAUUUUGUAGAAGAAAACAAAUGUGAAAAAGGUGGCAUAUCAUUGAUGGUGACAUAUUGGUCACAUUAUUUCUGUAGAACAUACAUCCAGGUUUAAGUUGGACAGGUGUGACUCUUUAGACUGUAUGAGGUUUGUUGUGUACACCCAAUCAUUUAGUUUAAACCAGUAGAACUUUGUUGUAGGAUACUGUUUGGAGUGAAACAUAUAUUUUACCAGAAAAAAAAACUCUCAGAAUUACAUGAUUAGACAUUACAGAAAUUUGUGCAAUAUUACAAGAAGUUCAGCAGUAUUACAUGACUGUAUGCCGAUUUGUGGAUGCAAUAUUUGACUGCCUCAAUGAUAUUAUUCUUUCCCAAGUUCUUUUCUUGUAAUCAAAAUUGUUUCAAAUCAGUGCCAUGUAUUUGUUAUAUCCGAGUCAAUCUAUGCUUCAUCAACUUCCCCACAGGUGGAUUGUCAUGAAUUACUGGAUUGGUUUUCACUGAUUUGUAGCUAGAGGAAAUGAUAGUGACAUUUUUAUCUUUUAAUGUUACCUAACUGUAGACUAGCAUUAGUGGAUUUUAUGCUAUUAACUCUUCAUGGUUUAAUUCUCUGUAUUCUGAGAUCAUUCCGCCAGCCUAUACUUUUAACAGCCUAUACAUAUAUAAUAAACAGCUACUCCACAGCAGUGUUGACUAGCCAAGUUGGUAUACUAUACAGACUCUCUGGGUGGCAAGCUAUUUUUGUCCGAUCAAAAAUAUCCUCAAAGAAAGAUGAUCAAUAAAAUAAAAUGGUUUAAUACAGACUUUCCGGAUAUAUAUCGUAAUUAAAAUCAAUGUGUUAAUUGUAAUAAUAGGCCCACAAUCAGUAUAAAGUUGGGCCUCAUAACCCAAGAAAAUCAAACAUAUCUGUUGCCAUUUCAAGAAAUUUGAUUUUUUUGUAAAUGUAGUUUUGUGAAAACAUUUUAUUUGUGUUAACCGAGAUACAUUGUACUGUGAUAGAUAAAAGUUUAUUUAUUUAUGGGAAUAUUUGUUCACUUAACAUGAAGCUGCCUGAAUAAUGUUCAUCAUAAAUGUUCAGUGAAUCCUGUACUUCCAUAUGAAUAUCUAUGUUUCCCAGACAUAUAUAAUAUCAUGUGAAUGGAGGACACCUCAAUACUUAUAACUUGAUCAGAACAGAGAAAUAUAUAGAGGAUAUCUAACAAUGUCUUCAGUAAUAUCGAAUAUAUUUCACAUGUCGGGCUAAUAUUUUGAUAUUUUUCACGAGUGACUGAGGAAACUGUAAGUUAUUCUGUUAAUAACAUUUUAUAGCAAAAUAUACCAAGGCAGCUCAAUCUCCUCAGAAUUCAUUGAAGUCCCUUGUCAACGGCUCACAAAUGUACGCCAAACAGUGACGUUAUGUAUUCCAUCUUGCAUUUUGACAUCAUAUAACAUGACAGAUAACUAUAAUGCAAAUCUUAAUUUUCCCCAUUGUCGUUAGUAGGCAGUGUUCUGAUUGGUCAAAUCAGAAAGUGAUAUUUUUCACCUGUGAAAAUAACACUUUGAAAGAAUGAGUAUUUUUUUUAUAUUUCACUGGUGAAAAUGUUUAAACACUAUACUACACAAAUUGCAAACUCUGUAUUUUCCUAGGAUAAUUUUUAAGGAUCUGACUGUAUUAUAUGACAAAAUCAAUAAUAAAAAUGUAUCACACUU